CUGUUUUUCAAGAGGGUGGAGUUAAACAUAGCCCAGGGAGGAGCAAUUACAACCAGAGACAUAUCAGGCACUGAGAGAGGGGAAGUAUAUAUGCUUCAGAAAGUUACGCUGUUCAGGACUAGGGUAUAUAGCUGAAAUCUCCUCCAUCAUGAGUUCUGAAACAACUGGACAGACUAUAGUAGUGAAGACAGAGGAAGCAGCUGCUGCUCCUGCUCCAGCUGCAGUGAAAGGGGAGUGGAAGUGCCCCCUGGGUGAUCGUCAUAUCCACAGAGAUGACCUGAGAAAGGUUUGGAAAGAGUGCCAGGAGGAGAGCUUCUGGCACAGAGCUCUUCCCUUAUCCCUGGGUAGCAUGGCUGUCACUGGUGGUCUCAUCUACAACGGCAUCUGGAAAUCAUCAAAGCGAUUUGGUCCCUUUCCAAAACUAGCAGUUGCCGGGAUCCUUGGUUUUGCAGUGGGGAAAGCAUCUUAUGCCAGAACUUGUAAAAGCAAGUUUAAGGAGCUUGGCCUUGGGGAUGGACCAGGAUUUGGACCCUGAUCUGAAAGAGGUCGCUUUGGACCUUUUAAGAACUCUGGUCAUGGACACAGAUCCUGCCACCAUGUGUGUGAAGAAUGCCAGAAAAAAGCUCAAGCUGCACCUGCAGAAGAAGUGAAAAGCUAGAGCCUCCUCGGAAACACUGACUGUCAGCAUGAAUCUGUCAUUUGCAAUUUUCCUAUUUUCUUAAUAAAUAUCAAAAAUAAAACAAAAAAU